AUGUGGACUCUCAACUAUCUGCCUUUUGCUCUCUCAAUAUACUUCUCGCUUACUGCAGCCGAGCCCACUCAAACUGACUUCCUAUCGCCUCGGGCAGGAAGAGCUAUCGAGUUAAACCAGGGCUGGAAAAAGCUUAACGAUUCAGUUCUUUCCAAACCAUAUGAUCCAAACAGAUAUCCUCAUGGGAUCAUCAAUUUAGGACUCGCCGAAAAUUGGCUGAUUCAAAAGGAACUCAGCGAGUAUCUCAUGCAUAAUUUCACCAUCGAUCCGCUUUACCACUUAACCUACGGCCAGGGAGCGGCCGCCUCUCCCCAUCUUCGCAAGUCUCUUGCAAAGUUCAUUAAUAAUUAUUUCCAUCCUUAUAAAAAUGUCUCCGAAUAUGAAAUCAUCGUUGCAUCGGGUGUUACUUCGCUAAUUGACUCAAUCGCAUGGAACACGUGCAGCGACAACGAGAGCAUCAUUAUUCCUCAACCGUUAUAUAACGGGUUUCCAACGGAUAUACGACUGCGCAGUGAAACGAAGCUGCUAAACGCAUCUUUUCUUUGGGAUAAUCAUAACUAUACUUUGGACGACGUAUUUGAUCCGGUUAUGAUUAGAAAAUCGCUGGAUCGGGCGUGGAACGAAAAAAAUGGUACUGUUCGAGGUAUUGUUAUUGCGAAUCCGCAUAACCCAUUAGGACGCUGUUAUUCCGAAGAAGCACUGAAAGAAAUUGCCCACUUCUGCGGUGAACACAAAAUCCACUUUAUUUCAGAUGAAAUCUACGCCAACUCCGUCUUCGAUAAUGACAAAGUGUCAGACCCUACGCUUUUCACGUCAGUCCUCUCACUUAAUCUGACCGACAUUAUUGACGAGAAUUUAGUCCAUGUCAUGUAUGGGAUGAGCAAGGACUUUGGGGCAAGCGGACUUCGCCUCGGUGUUCUGCAUUCACGUAAUAAAAAUAUGACUCAGGCUGCUUAUGGCGUCAACCUAUUCUCAUGGCCCUCCUACCUCGCCCAAGACAUGUGGGCCCGUCUCCUUGACGACGAGACAGCGACGCAUAAUUUCCUCAAUAAGAACAGUGCUCGUCUUGCAGACGCCUACAGGAAUGUUACCGCGUGGCUUGAGGAUAAGAACAUCAUGUAUUACCAGGGCGGAAAUGCGGGACUCUUCGUCUGGGCCAAGCUCCUUCCAAAUUUAACUAGUAUUACACCUGGCCAGCUUGUGGAUGCUUGCCGUGCGCAUGGGGUUAAUAUUGGAGAUGGACAAAAUUUCCUUCCAGAGGUUACAGAGACUGGAUGGUUCCGGAUUACCUUUUCGUAUCCUCCGGACAUGUUGUGGCUCGGAUUGCAGCGGUUGGAGAAGACUUUGAAGAAGUUAGGAAUAAUCACUGCUUAA